CCUGGUUCUUGCUCAACAUAACACAGACGCUGUAAAUAAACCUUUCUCCCCCCAAAAAAAAUUCACCUAACUCUUUCUCUCGUUAGAAAAUCUUGGAUUCUGCAGAAAAAAAUUUGACUCGUUUAUUCCGUUUCAACUCCAAAAGGUGGGUCGUAUCGUAGGGAGCUGUGGGAAAAUUUUCUUUUAUCCUACUUUCCUUCUUCCUGAAGACGUCUUUCUCACAGCGGCAUUACGUCCUCUUUCACUAACACCAAAAUCUAACUGACGUUAAUUACCCAAAGAUUGACUCAUAACUAUGGAAGUACUAAGAAGCAAACAGAACAAUAGCGGGUUUGAACUUGUAAAUGAUAGAAUUGCAAGAGCUGCAAAUCUACUUGCUCAAGAAACUUUUGCCUUAUUGCUUCAAUUCCUUUGGCAUUUUCUCCACCUUGUGAUUAUUAUUUGGCAUGUAAUUCUGAGGACAACCCUUACACUUCAUAGCUACUUAAUAUCAAGUGGGUUGCUUAAGAAGUAUAGAACUCUUGAUUUAACCAAUCUCCGGUACCUAGCCAUUGUAGUAGAAGAUGAAGAAGCUUAUGAUAUAGCAAGAAUCGUAAAGCUUUUACAGUGGUUAUCACAGAUUGGAGUGAAGCGCAUCUGUCUUUAUGAUAGGGCUGUGUUAGUCACUUUUUGUGUUUUAGGUGUGUUGAAGGAGUGCAAGAAAGUCAUUUUGCAGGAACUUGAUGCAAGAGAAUGGGAAAAUGAUGUAAAGAGAAUCGAUCUUGAUCGGGAUCAAAUGAUUCUAGAGUUUGCUUCAUUCUCUGAUGGGAAAGCAGGAAUAGCUAAAGCGAGCAGUCUUCUCUGUUCGAAGUACUUGAAAAUUGAUAGUUCGGAUGGAAAUCAGCACAAGCCGACGAUCUUCACAGAAUCCGACUUAACAGAGGCUUUGCGAGAAGUUGGUCAUUAUGGGCCAAAACCCAGUCUGCUACUGACAUAUGGAGCUGUUAGGUGCCACCUAGGCUUUCCUGCAUGGAGGACGCCAUAUACCGAAAUUGUGCACAUGGGGCCACUAAAAUCCAUGAAAUAUGGAGCAUUACUUAAAUCUAUUGAAGAAUUCACCAGGGUUAAACAAAAUUACGGUGCAUGACUGUUAUUAUGAUGCGCGCCAAAAGAAAAGCGCAGAGGGGAACGACAAAUAAAGUACGAAACUAAUGUCAGUCAAGGUGCAGAUUACAUAUUACUUGUACGCGUUUUAUACUUUCAUUUUAGGAUGGACAAGUCAUAUAAUUAGAAGAUGGUAAAUGUAUCCCUACAUGUAUCAGAUGCUUAGGCAGUAAUAUUAGUAUGUAAUCUUUUUUUUACAUGCAAGGAACUCUAAUAAAAAUCAUUAUAAGUAAAUGUAGUAUCUUAAACUUGUUAGCCGGACUUGUUGGAUUAGAAUUCAAGGUAAGCUUUGACUUUGA